GUGAUCUGUGCUGUCUUAAAUGUCAAAAGAUAGAUUGUUGUCCUUCAUUUUCACGUGGUUCAAGAGUUUUCGGCAUGGAUUUUGACCUAUAUUACAAAUAAUAUUAAAUUAUAAAUAAUGCAUCGACUUUUAUCUGCUAAGAAUUUAUGUCAUAAUAAACUUCACGGCGUAACAUUAACUGCAAAUAGUUCUCUAAACAAUAUAUCAUUUAGCCAUAUAAAAUGUUCGUUCUGUCGCAAAGUACUUUUAAAUUCACCGAACACAGAAAAUCAAUUUCUCACGAGACAUCAAUCAACGAGAACGGCUAAUGCUUUGAAAUCUUUAAAAAAGAAAAGCAAACAUAAAAAUCACAAAAAAUAUGGCGAAUUAUUACAAGUUAACGAGAGUAGUAUGACUGAACUGCAAGUAUCUAUAAGCAAAUUCAAUGCAGCACAUCUAUCAAAACUAGCUUCCAGUCCUGUCUCUCUUGGACAGCUACAUCAAUUAACGACAACACCUAAUAAAAAAACAAAUAAUAUAGAAGUUGACAAAGAACUCCUUCAAACUGUUAGAGAAAAAAUUUUAAAGAAACCUGUAUCAGAAAUCAAAUUGGAAGAUGACAAGUGUGCCCUCAUUUUUACCCAUCAUAAAAUAACAACUUUAGAGGAAAGGUUUAAAACUAAACAAUACAUUGACAUGGUGAAAGAGAGCUAUUACAAUUUUAGGAAAGAAACAAUUUAUGAUCAGCGUCUGCAAGAUCUGAGAUAUGCUAUAAAUGAAGGUUUAAAUCAAGAAUUUGAUCUUAAUACUGAUCCCAAAUUUGUUCCGAAAGAUUCCAAGGAGCCAUUGCUGAAACAUCCACAUGCAGUAUUUAAAGAGUUAUUUAUUGACAACCAAUUAGAAAGUUAUGAACAGGAACUUAUGAUCAACCACUUAUCAAACUUGCAAUUGCAAGGUUUAUCACAUUCAGCCAUUGAGGAAAUUUGUGAUGAAACAAUUCACCAUGAUAUAAAUGAAACUAAAGAGGAAUUUAAUAUUGACAGUGAAGUUUCUCGCAUCAAGAGCUUAAACAUUAAAAAGGCACAACAAGUACUUAAACAGAAAAAGAAGAAACUACGAGAAAAACGUCGUGCCACUCAAGAGGCGAAUAUGAAGCAAGACACGCGUGAGUUAGAACGAAAAGGCAAGGAGGAGGCUCUACAGCGCAUGCUCACUUCUCAUUUACAGCUUUUGUGCUCUCUUGACAUGAUUUCUGAGGGCCGACAAGUUUUACAGCAUUAUCGGAAACGAAGUGCGAGGGUUCCCGAACAUCCUAAAGUUUCCAGUGUCAAAGUAUACAAUACACUCCUUCAAGGAUAUGCAUCGUCGGGUCAUCUUGAUAAUGCCAAAGAGUUAAUAUCAUUUAUGUCUGAAGAUAAAAUAGAACCGAAUGAACAAAGUUUCGCCGCCAUAUUUGAAUGUGUCGAGCGAACUGACUUAAAUAAUAAGAAGUCAUUGUUAGGAUAUUACUAUAGAGAAAUGGAAAAUAAGGGUUUUACCUUAAAUGACUUAUUGGAUAAAACCAAAUUUGUAUCUGAUCAACGUGAAAUAGUAUUGAAAGCAGUGAGGAGAUUAGAACCAGAUUUUGUACCGCAAUAUACACCUCCGCCACUCGACUAUAAUUGUCCUCUUUUGGAAAAAUUAAAACUAGAUAAUGUACAUAAUAGAAAAGGUUUGUUGAGCUCACCGGCGAGUGGUCUCCUAACGUUAGAGGAGCUAAAGGCAAAGGGACGCGAGCAGUUGGAAUUAGAGAUGAAUGGAGAGAUCGAAGUUCAAAACAUUUCAGUUCAAAAUAAAGAGUCGAAGGAUGUGGAAGUAUACCGCCAGAAGCUGCAGGCGGCGGAGGCGGAGUGGCGCGCGGCGAUGCGCGAGGCGCUGCUGCGCAACACGGGCACGCUGCGCGCGCGCAGCAACGCCUCGCACUGCGCCAUCACGCUCUACCCCUACCUCAAGGUGUUGUCGGUGGACGACUUCGUUAAUCUCAUGAUGAGUGAAAUAAAUAAAUUAGUGGACGGUAGUGACUCUUACAGUCCCACUCUGAAGUUGUUGCAGAGAGAUCUAGGAACACAAGUGUACAACAGAUAUCAAAUAGAACAAUACAAACGUAAUGGUGUCCUUAAGAAGAUUGAACAAAUAUAUGAGAAAUACUGCAAGUGGUAUUUAGAGAGGCACUCACUGGAUGGUACGUCAACCCCAUACAAUAGCCGACAGGCUUGGCAAAUAUUUGUGCAUCAGAAUAGGGAAGGUGCAUGUUUGGAUGUCGAGGAAGCGCCGUGGCCGAUGGAAAUACGACAGAAUAUCGGAAAAUUUCUUUAUAACAUCAUUAUCAACGACGUGAAAAUCGAUGUCAACAUGUUCAAACCAAAAGCGAAAGUUAAGAAAUUGCCGGCCGUGUAUAAGGUGCACCGUCCGUGGGGCCGACUUGUGCGUCUGGAGCUGAAGCCUCACCCCACACUGUCGCGACUGUGCGCGGCGGCGGCGCGGCCCGCACUGCGCAUGCGCGCCGCACUGGUGCCCACUUGCGCGCCGCCCCCGCCCUGGUGCGACGCCUCCCCCUGUCUGCUCACCGCCACGCCGCUCGUCAGAAUGCCAUUCUACGUAACCGGUCAGAUGAAACGAUUAGAAGAAGCACCGCCAGAUUCCCUGUAUCCGGUGCUAGACAGUCUCAACCAACUCGGCGAGGUGCCCUGGGUGAUCAACCAACCCAUUCUGGAUUUGCAAUUGAAGGUCUUCAGGUCGGGUGGAGACAAGAAACUGGACAUCCCGCCGCCCGCGUCGUCGCUGGAAGCGUCGCAGUGCGCGGGCGCGGCGGACGCGGCGAGCGCGCUGCGGGCCCGCGUCGCGCUGAACCGCGCGCGCGCCGACAUGCACUCGCUGUGGUGCGACGCGCUCUACAAGCUCUCUCUUGCCAACCACUAUAGGGAGACCACGUUCUGGCUGCCGCACAACAUGGACUUUCGCGGUCGCGUGUACGCGGUGGGCCCGCACGUGUCGGCGCUGGGCGCGGACGCGGCGCGCGCGCUGCUGCGGCUGGCGCGCACGCGGCCGCUGCGCGUGCGCGGCCUGCGCUGGCUCAAGGUGCACGCCAUCAACCUCACCGGCACGCACAAGAGGAGCACCGUCGACGAGAGAUUAGCAUAUGCAGACAGUAUAAUGGACAAAAUCCUAGACUCUGCGGACAAUCCGCUGGACGGCGAAGGCUGGUGGAAAGAGUCCGAAGAACCGUGGCAGACGCUCGCUUGCUGCAUGGAGAUAGCCAACGCCGUGCGGUCACCGAACCCUGAGGAGUACGAGUGCGGCUUCCCGGUGCACCAGGACGGCUCGUGCAACGGGCUGCAGCACUACGCGGCGCUGGGCGGCGACGCGGCGGGCGCGGCCGCCGUCAACCUGGCGCCGCUCGCCGCGCCGCAGGACGUGUACAGCGAGGUGGCCGCGCUCGUGGAGAAUAUGCGCAAGCGCGACGCGGCGGCCGGCGUGCCCGCGGCGGUCGUGCUGGAGGACUUCGUGAGGCGCAAAGUCAUCAAGCAGACCGUCAUGACUACGGUGUAUGGGGUCACUAAAUUUGGGGCUCGUCUUCAAAUUGCUAAGCAACUCAAAGACAUAGAGGAAUUCCCGAAGGAACACGUUUGGUCGUGCUCGCAGUACCUGACAGCACGUACGUUCGAUUCCCUACGCGAGAUGUUCACAUCCACCAAGCUUAUACAAGACUGGUUCACCGAUUGUGCAAAAGUGAUAUCCGGCGUGUGCGGCGAGAGUGUGGAGUGGGUGACGCCGCUGGGCCUGCCCGUGCUUCAGCCAUACUUCCGUCGAACCACACCCGCGCCCGCUACCUCCGUGCUCGAUCUCAACCAACGGCCGUGCACGAUGAAGCAGCGCAACGCAUUCCCUCCGAACUUCAUCCACUCGCUGGACUCGUCGCACAUGAUGCUGACGUCACUGCACUGCGAAGCGGCCGCCGUCUCCUUCGUGUCCGUGCACGACUGCUUCUGGACUCAUCCCGACACCGUCGACGUCAUGAACCAGAUAUGCAGAGAACAAUUUGUUGCUCUCCAUUCGCAACCAAUUUUAGAAAACCUGUCAGAUUUCCUCUUGAAACGUUACAGCUACCCAGAAAGUGAAAUCGAAGAUGGCUCUGUCGGCGCGGCGAACAAAAAACGAGUCAACUCCUUACUACAGAAGGUUCCGGAAAAAGGGGACUUUGAUAUAAAUAGUGUUUUAAAGUCUGUCUAUUUCUUCAGUUAGGUCGAAUAUAAUUAUAAUGAUUAA